AUGUCGUCCUUGUCUAUUUCCGAUUCUCACAGCACUCCCAAAGCUUCAAAUUACACUAGGUCCCACGAGCAAAGCUCUCUUGACUACAGUUUAACGUCGGACGGGCUUGACGAGGGGAUAUCAUCGAUUGAUACGCCUUCUCAGAUAAAUAGGGUGGCUCCAUUUACGCCUGGAAGAGGCACGACUGGAUAUUCCCGACCUUUUCCCACGACGCCAGGCUCUGCAGUCUUUCCUCCUCCAACCUCCUUAAAAUCAAACACCAGAACCGAAAAACAAGCAGACCCUGUUCUUCACCGUGUGCUCGACAAGACAUAUCGGGUCCAAGCAACUCCCUCCGGAGGUUCCCGUACGGUGCUGAAAGCACAUCACGGAACCGUAACCCCGAAACUGCGCUACAAUAUAGAAUCUUCGCCUCCCUCCAGCCCAGAACUGGAAGUUCCUAAACUACACUCUGAAAUCUUUUCCUCCCCAGUCGCCCCAGACUCAGCCAAACGCCCCCGUAGACCAAGUAAACCCCACAGCGUGAAACCAGGCAUUAGCGUUCUGACCCCCGCCAAACCGAAGCCUCAUCGUCAAAGUCUCUGGGACAGUGACGAGGAUAUAGAUCACGACGAUGUCGACCCUACCUCUUACUUUGGACGCAGUCCGCCAAAAACAAUGCAAUUCCACAUUCCGCAGAGUAAACUGCUCAAAACGCCCGCCAAGGAGGCAUCGAAGCGUAUAGUGUCGGAUCUUUUACACACAGCUGGCGCUGACACAACGGAGGAAUUCGAUAAGCUCGAAUACAGCCCUACUCUUGUUCGUCGCAUGGAGGGACUCGAAGAUGACACGUUUUAA